AUGAAUCGACUUUUCGGUCAAGCAAAAGGUAGCACUGUACCAAAGCCUACACUGAAUGACACCGCGGCGACUAUUGACUCACGUGUCGAAACAUUGAACAAACAAAUUGCAUCUGUGGACCAAGAACUUCAAGCGUAUAGCAGAUUGCCUCCAGCGAAGAAAGCCGGUCAAAAAGCAAGAGCGAUGGCUUUAUUAAGUAAAAAGAAAAUGUAUGAACGACAACGAAUGACACUGGAAGGUCAAGCGAGUAAUAUCGGUGCAACGGCUUUUGCUGUGAGCAACAUCGAAACACAGAAACAAAUCUUUACUGGAUUGAAAGAUGCAAAGAAACAAUUAGUAAAGGGUUAUAAAGAUUUAAAACCUGAAAAAGUUGAAGCACUUAUGGAUGAUUUGGACGACCAACUUCUUGAUCAAGAUGAAAUGAAUGAUAUGUUCAGUCGACCUAUUGGCCAAGAUACAUACAUGACUGACGCCGAUCUUGAAAGCGAAUUGGCUGGUCUUGCUGAACAAGAGUUUGGUAUGGAAUCCAAUGCUAUGUUCGAUGAUUUACAUGCACCAAGUGUUCCUGUUCAACCACUUGAUGGCGGUCGCGCAACAGCGGCGACAACUAAAGAUGGCGUGAUGGUUGAUGAAUUCGGUUUGCCGAAACUUCCUGCGCCAGGCAUGAAGAACUAA